CAUACGAAGUAUUAGGUACAAUACAUGUACAUCAACAGUACCUAAUUAAUGUAUUGUACAAAUACCUAGUACACCCCACUUCCACCUGCAAUGUUUGGGAUCCCCACCUAGAAUGGAACUUUCCACCGCCAACGACGAACUAAAUAUUUCCUUCCCCUCCUCCAACCCUUCUGCCCGUUUAACCAUCAUAACUUUUGGCCUGAGAUCACACCAUUACGCGCGCUCCCAACUCAAUUCUCCCUAAUCCUAUGAACUUCGGAGAUAGAAACUUCUCUAUCCCUCCUUCUUUCUUUAAUUCUCUCCAUUGACAUCAUUAUCUUGUCUGUCUACGGAGCUGUACGGGGCGGAAGCCUCUCACGCGAUCGCGAAUACACAGAGUACCAGGAGCAACAAAAACAACCGCCAAAACGGCGCCUACCGAGCAACAGCAGGUCUCCGCGGCUAGCGGGGGCGCAGUGUCACCACCACCCAAAUCACCGACUCAGACAUCCGCAAUGCCAACCACAAACUCUCCCCGCGGAAUGGCUGGCCUAACCCGGCCCAUCAUGCAGUCCAUGCCCGACACACGUCAACAAUCAUUCGAUGAGAUCUAUGGCCCACCCGAGAACUUCCUCGAGAUAGAGGUCCGCAAUCCACGCACUCAUGGCACUUCGCGCAACAUGUAUACAGACUACGAGAUCGUAUGCCGGACCAACAUCCCAGCUUUCAAGCUGCGUCAGUCAACAGUGCGGCGCCGGUACAGCGAUUUCGAGUACUUCCGCGAUAUACUUGAGCGCGAGAGCGCCCGCGUCACCAUACCUCCACUUCCUGGGAAAGUCUUCACGAACCGCUUCUCCGACGACGUUAUCGAGGGCCGUCGCGCCGGGCUCGAGAAGUUCCUCAAGAUUGUCGUAGGACACCCGCUCCUUCAGACCGGGAGCAAGGUCCUAGCAGCAUUCGUGCAGGGUGAGUAAUUUAGACUCCACCCUUUCUUUACUUAAAUAUGGUUUUGCUCCGCUUGGCUCCCAUUGUGUGAUAUGGCGAAAUGUAAAUAGCCCACCUCUCCCUGAGGAUAGCUCCGGACGAGUUAUGUGUUUACGCGGAAAGAGCUAAAUUCAGGGCACUCCUGCACGGCUUUCGAGAUACUGUGUUGAGCCACAUAAAAAUAAUUCAGCUGACUUGCUUCUACAGACCCUAAUUGGGACCGCAACGC